UCUAGAUCUCAGUCUAAGAUUUGGCAACAAGUCCAACUUUUUAUACGAAUUCAGAAUUCCUAAGUGAGAAAAAAAAAUGGAUCCACUUUUUAUGGCAUACAGUUAUUUUCGACGAAGAAAAUAUAAAGAAGCAGUGGACGUUUGCACACAAAUUUUAGAGAGAAAUCCAUAUGAUCAGGCUGCAUGGCAUUUAAAAACAAGAGCACUUACAAACCAGGUGUACGUGGAUGAAGUUGAGGUGGAUGAAGAAGGGUUAGCCGAAAUACUGAUGGAUGACAAUGUUAUAGCCAAUGUCUCACGCCCUGGGACGUCCCUUAGAGGUCCAGCUGUCAAAGAAACUAGUGGACCAACGCAAGGUGUGAGGCCCACAAGUCAAGGUGGGAGACCUCUCUCUGGCUAUGUCAGGCCAGGUACACAGUCUGGAAGGCCAGGCACCAUGGAGCAGGCUAUAAGAACACCUCGCACUGCUCAUACUGCUAGACCAGUGACUAGUGCAUCAGGAAGAUUUGUUCGUUUGGGCACAGCAUCCAUGUUGUCAACACCUGAUGGUCCAUUCAUUAAUAUAGCUAGAAUCAACUUUUCCAAGUAUGCUUCACGGCCAACUUUAGCCAAAGGACUCUUUGAAUAUAUCUUUCAUCAUGAAAAUGAUGUUCGUAAUGCGCUAGAGUUGGCAGCUUUAGCAACAGAGGCUUGUCAGUACAGUGACUGGUGGUGGAAGGUUGCUCUUGCCAAAUGUUAUUUCAGGUUGGGUAUGUACAGAGAUGCAGAGAAACAACUGAGGUCUGCGCUAAAAUCAGAUGAAGUUAUUGAUGCCUAUCUUCAUUUAGCCAAAGUGUACUGUCGACUGGAUCAACCUCUGGCAGCCAUUGAAGUCUACACACAGGGGUUGAAGCAGUUCCCUGGAGAAACUACAUUAUUAACUGGGAUAGCGAGGAUAUACGAGGGCUUGGGUAAAAUGGAAGAAGGUGUGAAAUAUUACAAGGAUGUGUUAAAGUCAGAUAACAUGAACGUGGAGGCUAUCGCCUGUAUAGCUACCAAUCAUUUCUACACAGAUCAGCCAGAGAUGGCUCUGAAAUUUUACAGACGUCUGCUUCAGAUGGGUGUUUAUAAUGCUGAGCUGUUUAACAACCUUGGUUUAUGUUGUUUCUAUGCUCAGCAGUAUGACAUGACCUUGACCUGUUUUAUGCGAGCCCUGUCUUUAGCAGAAGAUGAUGUAGUUAUUGGUGAUGUAUGGUUUAACAUUGGACAUGUAGCUCUCGGUAUCUGUGACAUCAAGUUGGCCUAUCAAUGUUUCCGUCUUGCUCUAUCACACAACAAUGACCAUGCGGAAGCCUAUAACAAUCUGGGAGUCUUGGAGAUGAAAAAGAACCACGUAGAAGCUGCUCGUUCCUUUUUCCAAGCUUCGUUUGUCAUGGCACCCCAUUUGUAUGAACCACAUUACAACUUCGCCAUUCUUGCUGACCAGCUGGGGGACUUCCAAAGCAGUUACCUGUCGGCCAAGAGAGCCGUGGAGACCUUCCCUGACCAUGUGGACUCCAAGGAACUGUUGAAGCAGCUAAAAGAACAUUUUUCUUUAUUGUAACUUUACUCUAGUCUUACAAGCAGUUAUGUACAACUUCAAACAUUUGGCCUAACUUCAAACAUUUGGCUUAACUUCACACAUUUGGCCUAACUUGUGCCUAAACACCAGCGUUCUAGACAUUCCAGUUGAAGACCUCUUCAGUAACAAUAAUGAUCUUUCUUGUACAUCUAGUUAUAUACUUUUUUAAAAAUGUCUUUUUGUCUCAGUGUUGGCUUCCUCUAUCUUGUUGUUCUACCAUGCUCUACGUGCAAGGAGCACAGCUCUUCUGUUAGAGUAGAACAUUAGAGUACUAAUCCCAGCAUGCCUUUCUCUCGUGAUCCCACUUUUGUCAGUGAAAACAGAGAUCAAAGUUGAUCUCUUAUCAUGCUAAUAUCAUAUUUCUCUCAGUACCAAAUCCUUGACAUUGUUGGACCGCCCCGGAAAAGAGCAGUGCAUAUGUGUUUUAGUGAAGGUGGGUUGGGGGUAAGGAGGAGGUGGACAUCAGAAUUUAAAAAAAAAGGGAAUGGUAUUGGCUUAGCUGGCAGAGGGGUGCAAAUGUCAGAAAUCUCCCACCCCUCCUGCCUCAAAAACCUCGUUUUGCCACUUGUUGCAACACUCCCUCCGUCCCCCUCAAAACCUUGUGUUAAAACAAAAAUGCAUCUGAACCACUGUUGGGGAGGGGGCGUUUGUAAAAGAAUUUGAGGCGGAGGGUAGGGUCAGUAUGAUCAAGAAAAAAAAGUUAGUUUCUUUAAACUCUAAGUUAUCAGUUUAGUUUUGAAUCUAGACUCGGAACAUUUUGUGAGCUUCUUGAUUGUACUCAUCUAGAAAGAAGAAAAUGAUUGUAUUGAUUUUGUAUUGACAUGUGUGUACAAUCUAAAUGGAAAUGAAGCAGACAACUGAAGUCUCUGAAUACAAAGUGUGUCUGUGUUUUGUUAUGUUGUUUAACAAAGUAUCAGGACUUACAAUGUAAGUCUACUUUCAGCUCGCUUUCAGGACUUUAAAAAAUGUUGAUUUAGAGUAGUGACAAUGGUGAAUGUUCCCAUGAGCUCCCUACAUGCAGUCAGUAUGUCAAAACUGUGAUCUUAUUCAUUUACGUCCAGAAUA